AUGUAUGUACAUUAUCUCUUACAGAUCCCCCAGAUAAGUUACUCUUCCACAAGUGGUGAUCUAAGUGAUAAAUCCAGAUUUGAAUAUUUUUCAAGAGUUGUCCCUCCUGAUCAAUAUCAAGCUCAAGUUAUGGUAGAAAUAGCCAAAUCAUUUAAAUGGGAUUAUGUGAACACUUUAGCAGAUGAGGGAAAUUAUGGAGAGAGGGGUAUUGGAAAAUUUGAAGAAAUUGCCAAGAAAUCGGGUGUGUGUGUCUCAAGGUCGCUCAAGAUUCCACGAUCAGUGAACACAACAACUUUUACAAAUAUUAUAAAUGACAUUCUCAAAGACAAUAAUACAGCAAAAGCUGUGGUUAUGUUUGUGAACGAAGACAACUGUCGGAGUAUACUCCAAGCUUUGAAAAAAAUGAACAAAACAAAGGAGUUUUCUAUUCUUGCCAGUGAUAGUUGGGGAGCCAAAAUACACCCAGUUCAAGAUCAUGAGACAGUUGCUGAAGGUACCAUCACGAUUUUACCCAAACGAAGAGUCAUAAAAGAAUUUGACUAUUAUUUUAGAAAUUUAACCGUUUAUAAUAAUCAAAGGAACCCAUGGUUCUCAGAAUACUGGGAGACUAUCUUCAACUGUAGCUUAACAAAUACACCUUAUAGAAAACGGUGCACAGGUAUGUCUAAAUCUCUUUGGAACCCUGAUGUUAAUUACAGACAGGAGGGCUUAGUUCAAUUUGUGAUAGACUCAGUAUACGCUUUAGCUCAAGGUGUACAUGAUAUGCUUUCCUAUGAAUGUCCAGGAACACAUAAAGAUUUUUCAAGGUGCUUAAGAUAUCGACCGUUGGCUGGAGAGGAGCUCCUUGGAUUUAUUCGCAACGUGAAGCUAAAUGGAUCCAAUGGCGAUCCAGUAGUUUUCGAUGAAAAUGGUGAUGGAAUAAGAAAUUAUGAUAUCUUCCAGUUCCAACGUCUUCCAAGUGGAAAUUUUGAAUAUGUUAGGAUAGGGGAGGGUGUCUUUAAUGGUAAUUUCAGUUUGACACUAAAUGAUACUUCAUUGAAUUGGGAAGAUAUUCCACGAUCCAUAUGUAGUGAACCUUGUUCAUUUGGCCAAGCGAAGAAGCAUACUGGUGGUUGUUGCUGGAUGUGCGUACCGUGUCAGGGAAAUGAAUAUCUUCAAGAUGAAAACAACUGUGCUCCUUGUCCGAAGGAUUCACGACCCAACGCUAAUAAAUCCAUCUGUGAUCGAUUACCGGAAUUCCAUCUGGAACCUUCUAGCCUGUGGUUCAUACUUCCUGUUGCUUUUUCUGGAGUUGGUGUGCUGUGUACUGCAGCAGUCUUGGUUAUUUUUAUACAUUUCAAUACAACGCCAGUCAUUAUGGCUUGUGGACGCGAACUUUGCUAUCUUCUUCUAUUGGGAAUAUUUUUAUCGUAUGGAACUUCUUUUGUCAUGCUUGCCAAACCUUCAGUGAUCAUGUGCGCUCUUCGGCGUUUGGGACUUGGCGUAUCUUUGUGUUUUAUUUACGCGGCGCUACUAACGAAAACAAAUCGUAUUUAUAGGAUAUUCAAUAGUGGUAUUAAGGCCAUGGUGAAAAGACCUGGAUACACGAGUCCCAAGUCACAGAUACUAAUCUGUAUUUGCCUAGUAUCUGUGCAGUUUAUUGGAGGAUUGACUUGGUUAGGAUUCGAGAAGCCGGACACGGUGCAACACUACGAUCAAAAUGACUAUAUUGUACUUAAGUGUAAAUCUUCCCAAAUAGCAACGGUUAUUUCUUUAUUUUAUAACAUUUUUAUCAUUGUUUUAUGCACAGUUUAUGCUUUUAAAACUAGGAAAAUUCCACAAAAUUUCAACGAAGCGAAAUACAUUGCGUUUACUAUGUACAGCACUUGUAUCGUAUGGCUGGCGUUCAUUCCUAUAUACUUCGGAGCUAACCACGAUUUCAAGAUUGAAAUUAUCUCCUUGUGUAUGUGUGUCAGUAUCAGUGCCACGGUAGCUCUCUUCUGUUUGUUUGCUCCUAAAGUAUACAUAGUGUUAUUACAACCACAUAAAAAUGUACGACAGGCGACGUCGACGUCGAUUCAAAGUGCCAAUAUGAAAAACAAUAGUAGAACGUAUGGAGUAACGUGUGCGUUGCCGUUGCCUACGGGCAUUUUGGUUCAAAAUGGGACCAUUCACAAGGAGGUUGCCCAAACGGAUAAUGCAGUAUUUUCGGACAGUAUGGAAGACACGUCAUCGUGUGACGAAGGUUUGUCUAUGCCGGUGCCGACCUUGAACAUGAACACAGUUACUGAGAGUACAACAGCCACCUAA